GAUCUGAAGCCAGAAGCUUCUUCUGGGUCUGCCACUCAGUGCAGUGGGAGUCUCACGGCGCUGGCAAGAAAGCCAGAAGCAAUGGCUGUCCUCUCAGCCUGGCAGACAACAUUCCUCUUGCUUUCCUUGAGGACGAUCCAAAGUGAAGCCGGGGCAGAACAUUCAUACACUCCCAGAUUGCUGACUGUCUCCAUCAUUCCCAAACAUCAGAGUCUGCAUUUACAGUGGGAUGUGCCCGGCCUCCCUCAUGAGGACUUCAGAAUGAUAUUUCACAUACAGAUCAGUAGAUUUGAAACAUCCAAUGUCAUCUGGGAGGGGAACUACAGAACCACUGUGAGACAGAACCAGGUUCCUCAUUGGCACUGGAAGUCGGAGAUACCUUUGGAAUGUGCACCGCACUUUGUAAGAACAAAGGCCAAAGUGGACGAUGCCAAGUUCCCCACACUGAAUCUCUGGAGCAGCUGGAGUCCGUGGGAGAAAGUUGUAGCUCAGGAUUCUCCAGGACCGAAUGAACUGUUGAUUUUCCCCAAAGAUAAACUGAUAGAAGAAAACUCCAAUGUCACUGUUUGUUACAUUUCUGGGAUCAACCUAAAGAACAUAUCCUGUUAUCUGGAAGGCACACGGAUUCUUGGACAACAACUAGAUGCCAACGUCUUUGCCUUCUCACUAGCGAAUUUGCCUUUCAUCCGGACAGCGGGGACUCUCUUCUAUUGUGGGAAGAACAGGAGAUCGCCAGAAGAUGGCACGGUUCUCUUCGUCUCAAAAAUACUAGAGGAGCCCAAAAACUUUUCUUGUGAAACCCGGGACUUUAAGACUUUGAAUUGUACUUGGGAACCUGGACCAGACACUGCCUUGGAUCGGUCUCAACAAUGUUGCCAAAACUACACUUUGUUUGAAUCAUUUUCCGGGAGACAGAAACAUUGUCAACACAAAGACUGGUGUCAUUGGCAAAUAUAUGGAGACUCGCAAGAAAUGUAUAAUUUCACACUCUUGGCUGAAAAUAAGUUAAGGAAUAGAAGUGUCAGUUUGUUUUUCAACUUGUCCCACCGAGUCCAUCCAAUGGAUCCCCAGAGCAUCCAGUUUGAAAACAUAAGUGCCAGACAGGCCAUCAUGACCUGGACAAAGUAUUUCAUCAGCAAUUAUCCCACCCUGUUGUGUCAGGUUGAACUCCGAGGCGAAGGAAAAGUGAUACAACACAAUGUGUCUGUCGUGAUGAAUGGUGAGUAUGUCCUAAGCGGACUGGAGCCCGACACAGAAUAUGCAACCCAAGUACGCUGUGCUAGUGCAGAUCACUUCUGGAAGUGGAGCAACUGGGCUCAUCAGAACUUCACCACGGCUGAAGCUGCCCCCUCAGAAGCUCUGGAUGUCUGGAGGCAUGUGGUAUCGGAGGAAGGACAUCAGAAUUUGACCUUAUUCUGGAAGCCACUAUCCAAACGCCAAGCUAAUGGGAAGAUCCUAUUGUACACUAUAGUUAUAGAAAAUUUAGACAAGCCAUCAUCCAAGUCAGUCACCGUCUCUGCAUCAGCCAAUCACAAGGAGCUAUCUCUUGGCCUGUAUUCUUACCAAAUCCGUGUCACAGCCUCUAACAGCGUGGGCGCGUCCCCUGCUUCAGUCAUUGUCAUCUCUGGAGACCUCGGAAACAAGGAGGUUAAAGAAGAAAGGAUUACAGGCACAGAGGGUGGGCUCUCUGUGUCUUGGGACCCCGAGCCCGGAGAUGUGACUGGCUACGUGGUGGACUGGUGCGAGCAGCCCCUGGCCCCUCUGUGUGACCUCCAGUGGAAGAACGUGGGUCCCAACACCACCAGCACACUCCUGGCCUCAGAUGCUUUUAGACCAGGAGUCCGGUACAACUUCAGAGUGUAUGGAUUGUCUGCGAAAAGAACUAAUCUGCUAGCAAAAAAAACAGGAUACUCCCAGGAACUGGCUCCUUCACAGAAUCCUCACUUGGACAUAAAAAACCUGACGUCCCAUUCCUUCACUCUGACCUGGAACAACUAUUCCACGGAAUCCCAAGCAGGUUUUAUACUCGGCUACUACGUUUAUCUCAAGUUCAAGGCGAAGCAGUGCCACCCAGGAUCUGAAAAGCAAGUUCUUUCAGAUGAGUUAGUGUGUUGCAAAUACAAAAUUGACAACCCGGAACAGAAGACAUUCCUUGUGGAAAACCUCCAGCCGCAGUCGUCCUAUGAGUAUCGCGUGGCCCCAUACACACGUGUCGGAGAAGGCCCCGACGAGCCCUUCAAGAGAGUUGAAACUCCAGAUGAACACUCUUACCUGCUCAUCCGCAUCCUUCCACCCAUCAUCCUGUGCCUCUUGCUCAUCCUGCUCCCGUGCUACUGGAAAAGCCAAUGGCUGGAGAAGUGUUAUCCUGACAUUCCAGACCCUUAUAAGAGCAGCAUUCUGACAAUAAAAAAAUCCAAGAAUCCUCAGUCAACAAUAAUGAACGUCAAGGACUGCACUCCGGAUGCAAUUGAGGUGAUAAACAAACCCGAAGGGGCCCAGGCCCGGUUCUCGGGCACCAGGAGGUCACCCGCAGGAACGGAAGCGACCGAGCACACCUACCUCUGCAUCCUUCCAGCAGGAAAGCGUUCCUCUGACCCCCAAACCUGCAUCUGCUUUGAGAACCUUACCUAUAAUCAAGAAGCUUCGGCAGCAGGUGCUUGUGGCCACGUCCCUGGAAUCCCUCCAGAUGCACCAAGUCAGCUGGGACUACUGGACUCCUCUGAUGAUUUAACGAAGGCACUAGAGAAAAACUACAUGAAUUCUCUGGAAGAGAAUGCGGCUGCAGAAACUUUGAACUAUGUGGCCCAGGUGGCUUCACCCCUGCCUGGCGACAGGGAGAGCCUCCCAACAAAUCCUCCAGUGGCAGCCUUCUGCUCAGAGUAUAAAAUGCAGAUGGCAAUGCCCUCCUGCCUGGCGUCCCCUCCCCUCAGCGAGGGCAGCAGUCUCUCCUCCGUCACCCUCUUAGAUGCAGGUGAACACCACCAUUAACAAACACACUUCCUGUCUUCUUGCUGCUGCUGCUGCAGAUCCCACAGAGCCAUCGCAGCCAGCCAGCACACCUGCACCUGUCCUGAUGGAGGCCCACUCCAGUCUAACUUGCUUGGAGGCCACAGCCAUGCAAUGUGGCAUUCUUUCCUGGAGAGGGCAGCAUUACGGGCAGGUGCUUACCCUCCU